AUGCUCAACCUCACCCUUUUGACCUACACUUAUGUCUGCAUUGCGCCCAGAUAUGGCUACGACUGCCACUAUGACUCUACCGGUCCAACAAAAGCAGUCCAAGGGCCAUCCAGGUCGCAGGCCAAAGCAGCUGUGUCUGAGCCCGACCUCAAGGGUACCUCAUCCUUUCCUUCGGGCAUUCUUGAUUCCACCAAAUCACGAUACAUCGGCAAGUACUCCUCUGUUGCCUUCCCGCUCUGCGUGGGACUAGAGGUGCAAGCGGCGAAGCCUCCGCGACUGCAUUCUUUCGGCUAUCACACUGGUAUCCGAAAGGAGCCUGAUUCAAUAGCCAGCCUUCAACUUGCCAAACGGAUGUCCUGGAAUACAGCAAGAACUCUGCUGGAAUUUUUCUUUGCCACCAUCCAUCCCGUAUUUGGAUUCCUCGACAAGGACCAUCUCUACGAGCGGUGCGAAACACACUGGCAUGGUCAACCACAAACCCUUGACUUCGAGGCUAUUGUCUGUGGUGUGGUCGCACUCGCUUCGUUAUUUAAUGGAUCAUUAGAUCAAGAAGAAGAAAUGUGGUUGAUCUUGCAUGCGAAAGAAAUCCUAGAGGAUCCUAUUGUUGGCCGGUUUCCAUCCAUAGACCAAAUAGCAGCAUGGAUCUUACGGACAAUCUACAUCCGCGCUACCACUCGACCGCAUGUAGCUUGGAUCUGCAGUUGCACCACCAUGCAUCUCGUCGAGGCGACAGGGCUGAACCAAGCACCACAGUUCGUCAUGUUGACAACCAACAAGGGCGUUCAAGGCUCCACGCCGGAACGGUCGGAUAUUGUGAAAAGGACCGCACGGGUUGCACAUUCUUUGCAUGUCAUCAUAGCAUACGAAUACGGCCGAUCGGUCAUGAACUUGGACUUCCCAGCCCAGAAUGCUUUAGCCCUGUCAAAUCACGCGGGGGAUUUCACUCCCCGCUUAUGCAGUCUCGUUGAAGCUGUACCACUGACUCCGAUGGGUGCGGACUCUGCAGCGACAAUACAGGAUCUCUCUUCGGCUAUUAAGAAACUAGCAGACACACCUGCCGAUCACGAUUUUCUUGUUCUCGUCCGAGCAGAUCUGGUCUUCUCUAUCUAUCGCCGCCUUCGUCUAUUAGAGCCAAGUCUACGACAAAGCCUGCUCGAUGAGGUGAUCUCCACGGGCAUAUCUGCUUUACCCGCGGCUCGUGCGCUUGCGAGUCAAAACCAGCCAUGGUGGAAUGUCAUCAGCACCGUAUUUCAAUUCGUCUGCGUUCUUCUGGCCAUUGAUACCCAUGCCAGUAUCGCAAAUUUAUCCAACGCCAUGGAUACCUUAGGAAUUAUUGUGGACCAUCUGAAAACUCAUCUGGCCACUGAAGCUCUAGUUACUGCCCGAAACCUUGUGCGAGCUUCGCUAGAUCGAAGGCGCAAGGGUGUUGAAAUCUUGGAGGGCAUUGUUGGACCAUCCGCUUCAGAUGAUGCAGUGGAAGGUCCGGAUUCUCACCUGCCACAAGAUCUGGACUUUUCAACUUCAUUCUCAUAUGAUCAACAUCCCGUUGAUCUUGAUUUCAUGUUAAAUAUGGACUUUCUUACUUGA